AUGUGUACGAUUUCUCAGCUAGGAAAAACCACCACAGAUUUAUUCUUCAAUCUAUUUCAUUCUAUGGUUGCAGCAGUUGUAGCUUAUGUAAGACUAUCAUCAGAUCCAGUUGCAAGCAUCUGUGCUGUGAAAGUAAAGACAACAAUUUCAGAAUUUGAUACAGAAGCAUCUCAUCUUGAAUCUUGA